CAAAAUCAGAAAAGUUUAAUUUAAGGGUUCUUGAAUCUUGAGGCGCACAUUUGGCAUUCCAUCGCUUCGGUAGAGCGCCCGUCGACUGUUGGUGAUUUCGAAGCUCUCCGCAGCAGCGAAAAUGUUGUUUUUCUCGUAUUUCAAGGAUUUGGUGGGGAGAGAAGUGACGGUGGAAUUGAAGAACGAUUUAGCAAUUAGGGGAACGCUUCAUUCGGUGGAUCAGUAUCUCAACAUUAAGUUGGAGAACACCAGGGUUGUUGAUCAAGAUAAGUACCCCCACAUGAGCAAUUUUCUUGUCUGUCAGCUCUCUGUGCGGAACUGUUUCAUCAGAGGAUCUGUGGUCAGAUACGUCCAGCUACCGCCUGAGGGCGUCGAUGUUGAACUUCUCCAUGAUGCCACCAGAAGAGAAGCUCGGGGCGGGUAGCUCUCGAACGCCAAGGCUGUUCAUCGAAAUGGCAAUUAAAUUUGAAGGCUUUAAUUUUAUUCACCUGGAAAAUUUUCUUGAAAAAAUUCCAGUUUGUGCUGUGUUAAUCAAAAUAGCCAUUUUGAAGGUGACAUGCUAAAUGUAGAAUGGAAGAUUAAUAGUUUGUUUU